UGGUAGUGGAGUGAUCAGUGAAUAACACUGGUAUUGCAGUUGAAGAAGAUGCAGAUAGCAAAGAAAAUAGAGCUGCAACUUUCCAUUAUUUGCGUUUUAGUUGUUGUAAAUUCAUAUCCUUUCAAUGACACGGUUAAUUUAAAAGAGAUCCCGGAUUGCAACUGUGGGAAGGGUGAAGAGGUCGAAAGUGUUGCAAUAUUCACACCAGAUGAGUUAAUCAAGUGCUGUGAAUGGGAGUGGUUACGUAUUCAGGAAAACAUUAGUGCUGGAAGGAAUGUAAGUGCUCAACUCAGGGCUCGCGCCUUAACUAACACUAGCUUUUACAAGAAGACAAAGGAAUCGGAAUUAUUAUAUGAUUAUUUAAGUGGUGUGAAUUAUAAUUACCGGAACGUUGACAUGGUGAUUCCUAAGAGAAGGCAGGAAGCAAGUAUGUGGACAUUCGUGAAACCGUUUACUGCAGGAAUGUGGUGUACAAUAGGAGGAGUUAUGAUAUAUACGGCACUUGUGGUGUGGCUUCUUGAACAAAAAUUAAAUCCUCUCUACUAUACAGAAAUGUCCAUAAUGGAGGUCUUCACUCUCAUCUGGUCCGCACUGUCCACGAUGUCCUUAUCUCAAAAUGUGAGGAUCGAAAGCAGAUUAGCUCGAAUUGUUAUUGCGGUUUGGCUUCUUGUGAUGUCCGUCACUGUGGGCAGCUAUAUGGCCAAUUUGAGUUCAAGACUCAAUGCACAAAAACCUAAUCCAACUAUUACUAUUACAAAUCUUCAUGAAAUGUUGGUGGGGAAUGUUGCAGUAGGCUAUCUAAAAUAUACUUUCAUACAGUGGUAUCUGGGCAUAGACCUAGGAAGUUUAAAAGCAUAUACAACGAGAAAGGAGUGUGCGCAGGCACUUUCAAAGGGUUCAAACAAUGGAGGAGUGGCAGCCGUUUUGAUGGAUCCUUUAGAUGCUCGCCGCUUUGUAUCUGAGCGACGUGGCUACACAAUCUACCAUAUUAUUUCCCUUGCAGACUCUCUACCUGCGGCAGAUGAGAUGCCUAAGAGUUUAGGAGUGAAGGAUUUCUUGGGGUUGUUUGUAAUCACAGCAAUGGUAACAACGUUGGGUGUAAUCACAUUCUUCUUCAAACUCCUCUACAGCGUGGGAGCAGUGACCGACCCCAACGCUACAGGACGAGGGACAGAUCUGCUGGAAAUGUUACCGCUUAAUGACGAUCCGGAAGAGCAGUCCUCUGGGCAAACAAUGGGUAUUACUAAUAUUAGUGACCAGGAGCUGGAAAACACAUUGAUCGAGACUCCCCACAUUGCUCAUGAGUCUCAGUCCAUGUCAUCAGUGAAGAGUUUCUUGCUUUUGUUCAUAAUCACAGGAAUGGUAUCAAGGUUGUCUUUGAUCAUAUUCUUCCAAAAUCUCCUCCACAGGACAAGGAAGCGAUCCAAACACUAGAGGACAAGGGAUGAACCUGAAAAAGCAGGAGACACGGUGGAAUAUGUUGGGAAUGUGAAUUUCAACUGUUUUGUUUUAUAACUGAAUAUGUUUGUAUAAAUGAUUGUGUAUUAUUCUCUGCUUGAAAAUAAGAACCACUAUAAAUCUUAUAUUAUGUAUCCAACCCUCCUCGGUUGGUGAUGAGUCUCAGUCCAUGCUAGACCAAGAUAUGUAAACAGUAGCACUAUGUUCCCAUGAACACUAA